UCUCUCCCCCCCCCCUCUCUCUCCCUCCGUCUGGCGCCGUGUUGCCAUCCCGCCAGAGUUGUACGGCGCUACGUCACAAACGUGUUCGGGACGGCGGUUCUCCGGCGGCCGGUAGUUGACGGUGUUUGACGAUGUCUCCUCACCGCUGCCGACUUGUCCGUGUUUAGCAGCUGGAAGUGUCGCCGUCGGUCGGACACACGCCGCGGGGGUCGUCGACAGUCCACUUGUCCCAACUCCGCUCCCGUGAAUGAGUAACAAUGCGGCGGGGACGCCACUUCUCGCCAGCCGGCUCCACGCCGACCAGCCGCCGAUGAAAGCGAGCUUGACGGCGGAGCGGAGCCGCGGCUGGCCGACUGCGGAAAAAGGCGAGCCUGACUGCCGCAGACUGGCGGGCACACGCGCGGCGAGGAGGACACGCUCCGCGGCGUAGACGGAGCACCACACCGCCACCGCCAUGUCCAUUCACAUCGUGGCUCUGGGCAGCGAGUGUCCCGGCGGAGUCGGCCAAGGGGAAGAGAUCAUGGGCCAGGGCCAGCUACAAGGAGGGUUGCUGUGGAGCUACCUGGGUCACGGGGCCCUGGUGGGUCCCAGUGAUCUGGAGAGUAGCCUCCACAAUCCGGCCUUCAUGGAGUACACCUCACAGGUCUUCGGGGAUGUCACUGUGGUGGUCCAAGACUGUCCCAGCUGGGACCUUUUGGACAGCGAGUGGUCCAGCGUGCGGAAAGUUCUUGAGCAGGCGGACAUCCUGGUCAUUAAGUAUUCCGUGACGGACAAGCUGACCUUCCAACAGGUCAGGAAUGGUUACGCUCCGAGGCUCCGCCCACUCCUGAGGCACUGGGGCGUGCCCGUCAUCCUGGUUGCAGUCGGCGCUCGGCUGAAUGACGAGGGACCUCCCUGUACGUGCCCGCUGUGUGCGUCUGACUGGAGCAGCUGUGUGCCUCACAGUGAAGGUCUGCAGCUGUCCCGGGACCUGGGGGCCACCUACCUGGAGUUACCCUCGCUCAACCAUGUGUUCGUGGGUCGCUACUUUGGCAGCGUGCUGGAGUACUUCAUGAUUCAGUGUCUCAAACAGAAAGUCAAAGAAAGGCCGGAGAAGAGGCGAGGAAAUAAAAUCAACGAGCUGCGUCCGCCUCACUUGGAACAACCAGCUCGCCUCCCUCCUAUCCGAGUAGAAGAGUCCAGUUUUUCCCAAGACAUGCAGUGGCUGCUGGAGCGCGGCGUGCAGUUCGCCGACGUGGCCUUCUACGCCGGGGACUCUGGGAAAGAGCUGGGCUGGGCCCACGCCUCCGUGCUCUGCGCCGUCAGCCCGUAUUUCCGCCAGCUGCUCCUGGGGCCGAAGAGCAGGGAACGUCCACAGUCCCGAUGCGUCUGCAGGGAGAGGGACGCACCGCCCCAUUCUUUACUCUCCACCUGGGACGGGGGCAUGAUUGAUGACAUGCCCAGAUCUGACGGCCACCUCUCUCGUCUGGUGGUGAAGGACCCCCUGCUGUGCAUGUGCUUGUGGGAGACCCUCAUGUUCAUCUACAGAGGCGCGUGGGAGUGGGAACACCUCCAGGAGGCCUUGGAGGAGAAGCUGAAGAACUCCCUGGCUGUGGCUCAGCUGAUGGAGCGCAUACGCUCACUUAUUGGCAGAGAGAGGGGAGCCAGAGACACCCCGAGUGCACGAGCCGCCCAGCUGGGACCCCAGACCCUGGUCAACCUCUUCAAUUCCCCCCUCUACUCGGACGUCAUCUUCAUGGUGCAAGGAAGUGUGUUACCAGCCCACCGUGCGGUCCUGGUAGCUCGCUGUGACGUGAUGGCGGCCAUGUUCAGCGGCAAGUACGCCGAGGCCCGCAGUCGAGUUGUUCCCAUCCAUGGCGUCUCCUCAGACACCUUCCUGUCCUUCCUGGAGUAUCUCUACACUGACUCCUGCUGUCCGGCCAGUGUGUUGCAGGCCAUGGCCGUGCUGGUGUGUGCAGAGAUGUACCAGGUGAAGCGCCUGCAGCACCUGUGUGAGGUGUGUGUGUGUGCCUACCUUCAGAGCAUGCCCAGCAGAGAGCUGGCAUCCACGGGCAUCAGCGUGGUGCGACUGCUGCGCCAGGCAAAGUGUCACAACGCCGAGCAGCUUUAUGUCUGGCUGCUUCACUUCAUGGCCAACAACUACCUGAUCUUCAGCCACAAGCCCGACUUCCUGGAGCUCUCAGAGGAGGAGCGGGAGCAGGUGGAGAGACUGCGCUGGCCGUCCAGAGGAUAUCUGCAGGAGCUCAGCGACUAUCAGCAGCGGCGUCGCAAACUACGCAAGUCUCGCUGCGUGGUCAUGUGACCUCACCUGGACGCCACAGGACUAUCAUGCAGGGAAACACAAGGACACAGUAAGACCAUUAUUAUUAUUAUUAUUAUUAUUAUUUUGUAAGAGAGAGACAGCAGUGACAUUCCACAUGACUGCCCCGUGGAAGAUGUGGAAAUAACAUCUCGUCCUUCAAACAAUAAGCGGACUUCACCGUGGACCCGCAGCAGGAAGCUCUAGUGGGUUUUUUAGUGUGUAGCGCCGCCAUCAAAGGGGACGGACUUGUCAAGUGGCUUCAUUUGCAUCUCAUUCAGCAGAGCAGUGACCUUUAUUAACGUGGAGAGAUGUGACAGCCAUCAGUCUUCUGUUCUCUUCCACUUGAUUGAUUUGGCUGACAUUUAAUGGAACCAAACUACAAGACAUUUGAUGAUUUAACCAAACUACAAGACAUUUGAUGAUUUAACCAAACUACAAGACAUUUGAUGAUUUAACCACAUGGCGUCACAUUCAUUCGGUUAGCGUGGAGUCAGACGUUCUUCUGGAAAUACAGCACAUUCAGAAAGUAUUCACGGCGCUUCACUUUUUCAGUAUUUUGUUAUGGUAUGGCCUUAUUCCAAAAUGAUGAUCCUCAAAAUUCUACAAACAAUACCCCAUCAUGACGAUGUGAAAGUUUGUUUUUUAAUUUUUUCGAAUAAAAAUAACAUGCGUAAGUAUUCACAGCCUCUGCUCAACACUUUGUUGAUCCACCAUUGGCCGCCUCGAGCCUUUUUGAACAUGGGGGAGGAGGGGGGGGGGGGGGGUGAAGCGCUGUAAAUACUUUCUGGAUGCAACGUUAACGAUGGAAUCAAGGUGUUGCUUAGCACAUAAAUUCAAAUCUAAAAGAUGAAUCAUGUACAGUCGUCCUUAGUCACAUCGCAGAUAGUUGUUUUUUUGGGGCAUAAUCCACAAUUAAGCAUAAAAAUGGCAAAAUAAAUGAGUAGCGGCCACUUAAGGAGACCAAACAGAGUGUUCAGUAUGGUGACUCAGCCUCAGCUAGCAUGACUAUAUUGGCCUAAAAGAGUGUAAAGGUGAUUAAAGGGUGUUAGUUCAUGCGCAGAUACACGUUUUAAAAGCCUAUUCUACAUGUUUAAAUCCUAAAUUAAGCAUAAAAAUGGCUAAAUAAACUAAGAUUGACCACUAAAGGAGAUUGAACCAAUCAGAGUGCCCUGUUCAGUAUCGUGGCCCCUGAUUGGCUCACAUGGCAAUGCAGUGGUUCUCAUACUUUUUCCACCAACUACCACCUUAGAAAACACAAACUACCACAAUAAUGACCAAAGUUACAAUACAGUAGCAUAGUAGGCCUAGUUAUGCAGAGGUGUUAUUUAAGAAGUAUUUGUACAGUUUCUGGCUCCUGCAACAAUAGUACCCAUAUGUGCUCCGUAUUUACAGACUUCUUUGGUGUACCACAGUUGUGCUGUUUUGGAUUAAAAGGUGUUCUUUUUAUGUCUUGAGGGCUCUAAUAAUGUUGAAAAGCACUUCAGGAAAUUGUAAACAGUGUUUUUAUGUAGGAGCUAUGAAAAUAUUAGAUUUGUAAUUAAUGAUUCCUAUUUUGGGGAAAUGGCGGUUAUGUCCGGAACCAAUUAAUGGGGAUAAACGAAGGACGACUGUACAUUUGUAUUUAAGAAAUAAAUCUAAUAGUCAGAAGAAUAUCCUGGUGAAACCACAAUGCCUCUGGUUAGUUCUACACUAUUUUGCUCGGUUUCUACUAUUAUUUAUGAUUCAUUGGUGCUGCAAUUAUUUUUGUAAUAUAUAUAUAUUUAUUUUUUUUAUAUUUCAAGAGUGUGUUAUUUUUUUUACCUUUGUUUGACUGAUAUUUUCCAAGAGGCUAAUAUAAUACAUGCUGUUCAUUCAAGAGGUGCUAUGUACAAGCAUGACAAGAACCAAACCUAAAAUGUCAACAGGAAGUCAUCAAGUUUGUUUUGGGUUAGCAUGCUAACCAGCUAAUGCUAGCCCACCUAUGGUUGCAAUUCCUGCUUUUAGCCAGAAGAGGUGGUAGUGAGGCCAGGAAGACAUACCGUAAAUUCCGGACUAUAAACCGCUACUUUUCUCCUAUGUUUUGAACGGUGCGGCUAAUUCAUGGAUUUUUCUCUGCAGACGGCCAUGAUGCAAAACCUUAAAAAAAAAAAAAGAGCACAAACGCACUGCUAAGGUGUGUUUGUGCUCUGGCGCCAUCUUUUGGAUGAGUUUGCUCACUGCAGGUGCUGCAGUGUCCUUCCACUCAGUCCUGGAAUUUCCGCUCUGUCAUUAAGCCAUCCAUAGCGGUUCUACUCGUAUGGAUUCUUCAUUCAUCAUUCCAAGCAACAUUUGUAAGUUUUACAAUAUAACUAAAACAAUUCAUACUUACUAAUCUGUCCCAUGUGUGAUGUCUGUAGGAGUGUUUUCAUGCAUAUUUGUAGUGACGCUUGCGUUAUCUAAUAUGCUAACACAUUUAUGAGUACCAGUGUUAUUAACUUACAAUAGCAUUAUUUUUGUAUUGUUUCAGUUUCACAAAUUCCUCGGUAAAUUCACCAAACCGUCACCGCAGAGCUAUUAGGUCUGGUUAGCUGAUUGGAGAGCUAGCUCCCGCCGCUAGUGGGUCCAUGACCAUGACUUCUGUUUUGUUUGAUCACCCCUUUUACUGCCUUGUCACAGGCACUAUUUGGAAACAAUUAUGUAUGUAAAUAAACAUUUACAAAAAUCUUUGUGUAAAUCUAUCUAAAAUGUAGUGGGUGCGGGUUAUAUAGCGGUGCGCUCUUUAGUCCGGAACAUACGGUAAAUGCUAGCUAAUUGACAUAUUUGUAUGAUUAGAUUAUAAUUAGCAUAUCACUCCAAGAUUAGGGCGUUUUUCUCUAUCAUUUAUUUGAGCUACAAUUAGCAUAAGAUUAUUAAGGUGAACAAUAUCUGCUUCUAAAUAGCACCUUUGACCACAGUGAAGAAAGACAAUGUUGA